UUAAUGAUAAACAAUUACUUUUUAUUUCCGUGACAUGAUACUAAAACAUCCUUUCAGAAAUUUAUUACAUUGAAACAGUUUAAAGAUACAAACAAAGUGGACUUGUUUAAGGUGAUAUUUGGUAUAUUUUAUUAAAAACACCGAAAACAGCUCCGGCCUAUUGUUGGUUACAGUGCUUAUGGUGUGACAGGAAGGUUAUUUAUUUGUAGAGUUUAGAUGUGCACUGUAGAGAAAAAGAAAACGUAAUGAAGGUAGACUUUCGUUCAAUCUUCCGUCUUAAUUAUGCCGUACAGUGACGUUAGUGAAAUACGAUACAUACUUUAUGUAAUGUAAUGUAAUAGAGGACUAAUAUCAGCGAGUGUGAAUACUUAGAACGAUCACAGUCAAACAAUGAUGGAAACUUUGUAGUGGAGUAAUACAACGUUUCCAGCCUACAAAUAAAAAGAACAAACAAGUCCAUAUGGUUUUGAGCACUAUGAGUAAUUUAGGAAAUACUACCACUGCGACGACAUCAGCAACUACGCCGACAGAAGAGAUCCCUACGGCAUAUAGAGUUAUAGAAGGAAUUGUUCUAAGUUUAGUGAUCUGUGUGAGCGUCAUUGGAAACAUGUCCCUCUGGAUUGUGGUCCUACGAUCCCGGGCGCUAAGGACAUUGACCAGCAUGUUUAUUCUUGGUUUAUCCACUGCAGAUUUACUGGUUGCGACAGUGAACAUGCCCUUGACCGUGUACACCAUAGUGAUGGGAGAAUGGAACCUUGGAUACAACGCAUGCGUACUAGCAGGGUUUGUCAACAUGCUGACCUUAGUUACAAGCGUCAUGUCGCUAUGCAACAUUUCUCUUAAUAGAUAUGUCAUGGUCUGCCACCCAUCGAAGUUCAAGGACAUCUAUACAGUUCGAAAUGCUGUGCUCAUGAUAAUAGGUGUGGUCACCGUGUCUACAUUUCUGUCAAUACCGCCACUUAUUGGUUGGUCAGAGUAUGUGUAUACGCCAACUCAUUCGUUCUGCUUCGCUGAUUGGGUGAACCACAUGUCAUAUGCCUUCUUUAUGAUUGGUUGCUGCUUUGGGAUACCGUUCAGUGUUAUGACCGUGUGUAAUAUACGUAUAGUCCGUUCAGUUCGGUUUAGUCGACUCAGAGUAAAGACCAAUUCGCGAAAUUUAAACUCGUCGGAGAUUAAUGAUUCCUAUUUUCGAAGAACUCGACACACCACACUCAGGAGCGAUGGUUGUACUUUUUACGAAGACAAAAAUGUAGCUAGUUUCGAUAAUUCUUCAUUCAAACUAUGUGGGAACCAGAGUUUGAACUCAAAAGGUAAAAUUUAUGAAAGCAUCGAAAAAGAUAUAUCAAUCAUUGAAAUUGAUGAAGAAAUUCAAAUUCUCGACAGAGAAACUAACAAACAAACCGAUGAAAUUGAAAAAUGUGAUAACUAUAUAAAUGACUCAAAUCAAAGCAUGACUAAGGAAUCAAACGAAAUAAUGACGGAUGGUGAAGAGAUGGUUGUAGUGGAAAAAAUAUUUGAUGCAAUGAUAGAAUCAGACGACAAACUUAUAGAAACCAUACCAGACAAAACUUCUACGGAGUCAAUGUUUCAGUCAAAACCACUAGUGAACAAGAUAAAUGUUGAAAUGAACAAAAGUAAAACUUCUAAUACUCAAAGUCUAAACGAUCAAAAUACAAGUCCGUCGGUAAAAGACAGUUCUUUGGCACAUCCACCUUGGAAAUCAACAGUGGAACAGUUUAUUCAACAUCCUAGUCCUCGGCCAAUAUCACCUGAACCUUCAUCCGAUACGUCCAUAAAAAUACGACCCUCUAGUUCAGUAUCUGUCAAUCCGUCAAGACCCUUUUCCAUGCGCCAAACACCACCGUUUCGUAGAAGGGAGGAAUUGCGGCUAGCAUUAUCACUUACUGUUGUUGUAGUUGUGUUUGUUAUAUGCUGGUUGCCUUAUUGUAUAUCAAUGAUAUUGUCCAUAUUUGCAAGUGGUAAAGUUCCAAGAGAGUUUCAUAUGUUCACCUUGUUGAUAGGUUAUGCAAAUAGCGGAUGUAAUCCCAUUAUUUACGGCGUUAUGAACAAGCGAUUUAAGGUCGGCUUUGAACGUCUGUUUUGUUUCUGGCGUAAAUCAAUCGACUCUUCAAUAAGUAGUGCAUAGAGUCGACCCAAUAAGUUUACAAUAUAUUUAGUUAACAACCGUUUUUGAAGUAUUGCGUGAAAAUGCAACAAGCAUGAAAUAAAGA